AUGGGCUCGGACGAUCAAUUCGUCACGAAGCUGCACCACAACUUCGCUGGCGACAAGUCGAAAUUCUACAAGAAGCCCCGCUUCGGGAAAUCUGCAUUCACCGUGUGUCAUUACGCUUUAGACGUGGCAUAUGAAUCUGAUGGCUUUAUCGAAAAGAACCGCGACACGGUGCCCGACGAACAGAUGGAAGUCCUCAAGAAGUCGUCGAAUCCCUUCCUGGUCACGGUCAUAGACACCGCCACGGCUGUUCGUGACAAGGAAACAGCAGCUUCUGUGACAAAGACCAUUGCCAGCGCACCAGGUCGACGGGUUGGUGUUGCUGUCAACCGAAAGCCAACCCUCGGCGGUAUUUUCAAGAGCUCACUUAUAGAGCUGAUGCAAACCAUCAACUCCACUGACGCCCAUUACAUUCGCUGCAUCAAGCCGAACGAGGCAAAAGCGUCAUGGAAGUUCGAAGGUCCUAUGGUGCUUAGCCAGUUGCGUGCUUGUGGUGUGCUCGAGACCGUCCGCAUUAGUACUGCCGGCUACCCAACACGAUGGACGUACGAGGAGUUUGCGAUGAGAUAUUACAUGCUCUGUCAUUCCUCGCAAUGGACACACAAUAUCCAACAGAUGGGUCAGAAUAUCCUGAAGAAGGCCUUGGGCGAUGUGACCAAAGAGAAGUCCGACAAGUAUCAGCUUGGUCUGACGAAAAUCUUCUUCCGCGCUGGUAUGCUGGCAUUUCUCGAGAAUCUGCGAUCCGCUCGCCUUAAAGAAUGUGCCAUCAUGAUCCAGAAGAAUCUCCGAGCCAAAUACUAUCGACGAAAGUUUCUCGAGAUCCGAGAAUCAAUCAUCUUGGCUCAGGCCGCUACUCGUGCCUUCAUCGCCCGCAAGCAAGCUGAAAGCAUAAGGCAGAUCAAAGCUGCCACGACCAUUCAGCGCGUGUGGCGGGGCUCGAAGGAACGCAAGAACUAUAAUGCAGUCCGCAACAACUUCAUUCUAUUUGGGUCUGUGGCGAAAGGUUACUUGCUGCGGAAGAACAUCAUGGAAACACGCUACAGAAAUGCGGCAACAACAAUCCAGAGAGCUUGGCGGUCACACCGCUCACUCAAAGCUUUCCGACAGCAUCGGAGGAAGGUUGUCAUCAUCCAAAGUCUUCAGCGUGGAAGAGUGGCUCGUCGCGAGUACAAGACCUUGCGAACAGAGGCCCGAGAUCUUAAACAAAUCUCCUACAAACUGGAGAACAAGGUUGUGGAACUUACGCAGUCACUGGGCGUGGUCAAGCGGGAAAACAAGAAUCUGGUUUCACAACUCGAGAAUUACGACAGCCAGCUAAAGUCGAUGCGUACCAGGUCGAAUGCUCUAGAGGCCAGAUCUCGGGAGCUGCAAAGCGAAGCCAAUCAAGCUGGUAUCGUGGCUGCCAAAUUAGCAGCCCUGGAAGAAGAGCAUGCUAAACUGCAGUCUAGCAACGAUGAGCAGCUCGGGAAUGCCAAGCGACUCCAGGAAGAACAGAAGAGACUCCUUGAUUCACUCAAUAGUGCCAACUCCGAGCUUGAAAAAGUCCGAAAAGCCAACACUCUUCACGAAAAGCUCGUCAAUGGCAACGGUGCUCAGCCUACAGCUAAUGGACUGAUCAACCUCGUGUCGUCGAAGAAGCCUCUGAAGAGACGCAGUGCAGGUGCGGCCGAGCGCAUUGAGGGCGACCGCUAUAGUGGUGCCUACAAUGCCAGGCCGAUGUCGAUGGCGCUUGAUGCUCACACCAAGACCCUCUCGGGUUCUACUUUCAAUCCGAUGGACAGCCCUGAGAUGGAGCUAGAGAAUUUACUUGCUCAGGAGGAUGAGCUUAAUGAUGAGGUGACUAUGGGCCUUAUUAGAGGUAUCAAGAUCCCACAACCCGGCGCCACUCCCGCACCCACCGACAAAGAGGUGCUGUUCCCUUCAUACCUGAUCAACCUUGUCACUUCAGAAAUGUGGAACAAUGGCUUCGUAAAGGAGUCCGAACGAUUCCUGGCCAACGUGAUGCAGUCGAUUCAACAAGAAGUCAUGCAGCACGAAGGCGACGAAGCUGUCAAUCCGGGUGCCUUCUGGCUGUCCAACGUACAUGAGAUGCUGUCAUUCGUCUUCCUUGCCGAAGAUUGGUAUGAGGCCCAGAAGACUGACAAUUACGAGUACGAUCGACUGCUAGAAAUUGUGAAGCACGACCUGGAAAGUCUCGAGUUCAACAUCUACCACACGUGGAUGAAGGUGCUCAAGAAGAAGCUUCACAAGAUGAUAGUACCUGCCAUCAUCGAGUCGCAGUCCCUUCCAGGCUUCGUCACCAAUGAGAGCAACCGCUUCCUAGGGAAGCUGCUCCCUUCGAACAACACACCAGCUUUCAGCAUGGACCAGCUCCUCAGCUUGCUCAACAAUGUUUUCAAGGCCAUGAAAGCAUAUUAUCUGGAAGACUCAAUCAUCACGCAAACUGUCACGGAACUUCUGAGGUUGGUUGGCGUGACCGCUUUCAACGAUCUCCUGAUGCGACGCAACUUCCUCUCGUGGAAGCGAGGCCUUCAGAUAAAUUACAACAUCACCAGGAUAGAAGAAUGGUGCAAGAGUCACGAUAUGCCCGAAGGCACACUGCAGCUUGAACAUCUGAUGCAAGCCACGAAACUGUUACAGCUCAAAAAGGCGACGCUGAACGACAUUGAGAUCAUCCAAGAUAUCUGCUGGAUGCUUUCACCCAACCAAAUCCAGAAGCUCCUGAACCAAUACCUUGUUGCCGACUACGAGCAACCCAUAAACGGCGAGAUCAUGAAAGCUGUGGCAUCUCGUGUGACCGAAAAGAGCGAUGUGCUACUCCUCGCUCCUGUUGAUAUGGAAGACAGCGGCCCCUACGAAAUUGCUGAGCCGAGAGUCAUCACGGCUCUCUUGAGACAUAUACGCCAUCAUGGCUACAAACACCACGCUUGA